AUGUCUGACGAACAGUUGGACUUUUUCCUUGCACGUUUCGUCGCAGAAGUGAGAAAAACAGAUGGCGCUGAAUACCCUGGGAGAACUAUAUAUGAAAUGAUAAGUAGUAUUCAGGCUUAUUUACGUGUUGAGUGUAAGCGUGAUGUAACUUUAAUUGACAAAACAGCUCGUGUAUUUAGAAAUUUAAACUCGGCUUUAAAUUUUGUAAUGAAAGAAAGAGCCGGGCAGGGUAUUGGGGUGGAGACAUCGCAAGCUAAAUUUAUUACGGAAGAACAAGAAAAUUAUUUGUGGGAACAUGGCUUUUUAGGUUCCACGAACGCAGCGUUGCUUAGAGAUACUUUAGUUUUUGUGUUCGGCUUACAAUUUGCUUUAAGGGCUGGGCAAGAGCACAGAAACUUGAGGCGUGAAAACUCGCAACUUUCCCUACAAGUUGACGAAUUCGGUGAUGAAUUCUUGCAAUAUAACGAGGAUAUCAGCAAAACUAACAACGGUGGAUUGGCCCAUUUGCGUACUAAACGCAAAGUUGUUCGGGCAUAUAGGAAUUUAAAAAAUCCAGAGCGUUGUCCGGUUGAGCUCUACAAGAAAUAUUUAUCUCACGUUCCCACAACUACGAGCGAUAACGCGUUUUAUUUGCGAGCUUUGCCAAAACCAAACGGGCAGAUUUGGUAUUAUAAAAAAGCUGCGGGUAGAGAAACGUUAGGAAAUGUCGUGAAGAAUAUUAUGAAAAAUGCUGGGUUUGAGGGGUAUUUUACAAAUCAUUCUCUGCGUCGUAGUUGUGCUACAAGACUGUACGAUGCCGGAUUCCCCGAACAAGUAAUUCAGGAGACUACAGGCCAUCGGUCGUCUGAUGGGAUUAAAGCUUAUAAAUGUACCUCGUCUUCGGUUAAGCGAAAAGCUAGUGAACUAUUGCAAGGUGAUCAAUGUACUUUUCCGGAGGGUGAAAGAGGUGUAAAAUGCAAAUAUGGCGCUAGAGAUUUGUAUGAAAACUUUAAUGAAUCGAGUAAAAUGUGUGAGAGUGUUACGUGUGAGGUUGGAACGAGUGUAGAAUGUAAAACCAAGACAGAUGUGAAACCGAAUUUUGAUAAAGUAGUGUCUAACUGUGAUCAGUCCAUUGUUAUUAACACAGAUUGCACAAAGAUAGUUGUUUCGUACAAAUGA